AUGGUCAAUGUGUGUUGUCAUCUCGGCUACGAGGACAUUCUGAAGCUGGGUCGGGUAUCUCGGUCGCUGAGACACCUGAUUGUGGGAGUCCCGAAGGACGGGGCCGCCGGCGGCCGCAUCCCGGUCGACCGUCUGCGGGUUAUUCAUAGCCAGCUGUGGCGAAGGCUUUGCAUUCGGGAGAAGGUUGACGUCAGCAAUUUGCGACCUAGCGACCGAGACCGCGGUCGAAUCCGGUACUUGGAAGGUCGGAGCAACCAGGACCAAAGUGGUCUGGAGGACCGGAGUGAUGUGGAGGACCGGAGUGGUGUGAAGGACCAGAGUGGCGUGGCGGACCGUAAUGGUGUAGAGGACCCAAGUGAUGCGGAGGACCGGAGUGGCGUGGAGGACCGGAGUGAUGUGGAGGACCGGAGUGGUGUGGAGGACCGGAGUGGUGUGGAGGACCGGAGUGGCGUGGAGGACCGAAGUGGCGUGGAGGAUCGGUGCAACUACAAGGAGCUGUAUGAGGAAGCGUGCCCGACGUACUACGUGUUGGAGCUGGCUGCUCCGGGGGCGCGGCAGGAGUUCUUCAUCUGCCGCAACGCGGAGGAAGUCAAGAGCACCCUCGAAUCAGAGCUCGCCCACGACCAGGGUCGCAUGCUGAUCCAGUACCUGAUCCGGCUGGGGCUCGACGUAUGCGUUUACACUGGCUACCAGAGUUCGCUGCUCAGCGUCACGCCGCUGUACGAGACCCUAGUCAUCAAAAUCGGAGAAGACUGCGCACUCACUUUCAAGUACCUCGGCGGCAUCGCGGCAGACGACGACGGCACUUCCAGCAGCACCGACACGGCCGAGGAACCGGCCGCGCAUGACGAAUACCAUCUCGCAGUGAACAGGGAGGAGGACAACCGGGUCGACCUCUUGGAAGCCGGGUUGUUGCCCGCCCCCGACGCGGUUACGACUGACGCGGUUAUGACUGACACGGUUGCGACUGGCGCAGUUACGACGGACGCGGUAACGACUGGAGUAGGUGCGGCUACGGUGGACACGGUAAUGACUGGAGUAGGCGCGGCCGGUUCGGUCACGACUGGGGUGGAGGUGCAACCGUCGUUCGCAGACUACGACCGGCGCGGCCGACCGAUUUGGCGGAACGUGCGGCGACCCUCGGCUGACCGGAACCAUCGAUUCGUGCGCAGGUUGUGCGACAAUGAGCGGCAGUUGCGGGAAGAUAACUUCGAGGUGUCGCACACGUUUUUUCGCGGAGGCCGCACAUGCCGGUAUGAGAUCAACCACUGGACGCGCUUUGCGGCACCGACGAGCAACGGACUGUCGAUUUGCGUCCAGUGCCCGCCGGACUUGUUUUACGACAUGGUCCUGUUGCCGCUAGUGCCGCACGUGUGUGUCGACGACUUACCGCGCUUCCACCCGGCUGGCACGCCCGUCCAGCGACGCGACUCUGUAGUCGUGAACGUACCCCUCACCGUCAAAGCAGUAUCUGACCGCAAAUCGAACGGUUGCUUCGAGCUAGAGGUCGCACACGUUCCCACCAUCAACGCGUCAGCCCCCAUGUCCAACAGGACGCUCGAUGUCGCCGCAGAAGAAACCAUCUGGUCGCAACCACCACAGCACCGACGAGGGGCUCUUUCGCUCGAACAACCCCCCUUCCAAAACAGCACCACUUUCCACACGGACACUCUUGUCGAAGACGCAGUCACCGAAGUCCGCGACCUCGACCUGGACUUGAACCUGAACCUGGACUUGGGCCGGACGGAACCGAGGCCGGAUAUCGCACUCGUGGAACCCGGGAUGGCGGGAAGACGAGACCGGGACGGUACGGGAGAGGCAGAGGAGGUGGUGGGAGAGGCAGAGGAGGUGGUGGGAGAGGCAGAGGAGGUGGUGGGAGAGGCAGCGGAGGACGCAAUAAACAACCAGCCCAUUGCUGGUCUUGGUCAAGGCCACUGGCGGAACCGACUGGAAAAGAGGCGGAAGUAUAAACGGUUUAAACUGCGCAUGGGAAAGAACAAACUCCCUCCCACUACCCUAGCGCCAGAGCUCGACGGCGCUAGAAAUGAAGUUGGAGUCUUGGCGCCGGUUGUCUUGCUUUACUAG